AUGGUUGCUCUUUUCAAGCCUGGGUAUGUGUACAUUGAUGUCGGAGCACGGAAUUAUAGUUCGAGUAUUGGAAGUUGGUUCAGAAAACGGUACCCGAAACAGAACAAGAACUUCGAAAUCUACGCAAUUGAAGCCGGCAAGGCGUUUCACGAAGAGUAUGCGACGAAGAAAAGCCUUACUGUGUUGCCUUACGCAGCUUGGGUGAGGAACGAGACACUGUUCUUUGAAAUCAGCCGUGAACCGAGGAGGAAAAGUGAGGAGAAAGGUAUAGGGAUGGGUAGGGUUCAAACCGUGCAAUCAUCAAGCAACUUUGUUAGUGAUUUCCAUAAGAUUCAAGGCUUUGAUUUUGCUGCUUGGUUGAAAAAUGCAGUUUCGAUGAGAGAUGUUGUGGUGGUGAAGAUGGGUGUAGAAGGCGCUGAGUUUCACCUGAUUCCUAGGUUGGUAGAGACUGACGCCAUUUGUUUGAUUGACGAGUUAUUUCUCGAAUGCCAUUUCAAUAGAUGGCAGAAGACAUAUACCCAAUGCUUGGACUUGUUCUCUUCCCUCAGAAAAAGUGGAGUUCUAGUGCAUCAAUGGUGGUGA